AUGGUUGUUCUGUCGCUUGGGCUGUUCGGUCGGUAUUGUUUUUUCUGGUCGCGAGUCGAGAUUUCCCUGAUUCUUUCUUUCUUUUCUUUUUGCUUCUUCUUUGCUUCUUCGCCAACUACCAGAAAAGAAAGGAUCAGGAUUGCAGGCAGGGUGGGAAAAGCCAGCGUUUUAAGACUGGCCGAUCCCCACCACCCGCAGACUACGGGCUUAGUUCAGCUUUGCUUUUACUUGCUUAGGAAAGGGAAAGGGAAAGGUUGA